AUGUCGAAUCUAAGAAAACGACAGCAACAACAACAACAACAACCUCACAAGCCCAAGGCAAAUGCCGCCGCCGCCCCUCACCACCAAGGAAUGCGGAAGAUCAAAUCUUUGAUGCUUGAGGUGGUGAUGUAUGUGGUGCUUGCAAUCAUUGCAUUGAAUUUAUUAGGCAAUUUAUUAGACAAAAUCGAUACCAACGACACCGAACAACAGUCGAUAUCCAACCCUCGUGAUAAUGAUUUGGUUUCAGAUAUCCAGCCGCUGACACUGGCUAGCGACCACCACCCAACGAUAAAAAUUGACAUGUCGUUGCCUAGUGGGAUCUCCGCCCUGGAAUAUUUAUCAUCUUCAAAAUACUUACAGUCUCUCAAAUUCUCGUCGUUCCAAACCAUUGAGAAACCAGUGAUGGUGGCCGGAGGAGCAGCCAAACAAGGGCCUGAUAGAAACGAUAUCAUCUAUAUUAAUUCAAAGCUCAUGCCACAAAAAGUGUUCCCAAUAUGGAGCGAGGCCAUCGAGAAUGAGGUUGAAUUAUUCGAUAUACGAAUCUAUAUCAACGGGAAACAAAAUUUCAAUAUUAGUAAUCCUCGAAAUAAACUCAUCGAGCCUGAUUGGUUCAUCGAAGGGGUUCGAUUGGUCGAUGAUGUGGUGAAACAAUCACCACUAUCGCUUUCUCGCAAAAAAUUGCAAAGAUUCGCAAACUCUUUAGAGAGUAAUGUUUAUUUCCAUAUCUAUCUAUAUAGUCGUCAUGGAGCGAGUACUAUGGAAAAUGCUGCUGCUACGUUCCAUAAAAUAAUUGCCAUUGAUAACCAUGAAUUGGUGAGAUUUGGGCCCGUUCUGUUGGAUGAUGGUAAGCCAGAGCUUUUAAUAAACCCGUCGUUCUCAUUUACCAUCAUAAACGUCCAAGAAAUUAUUGAUUAUCCGAAAUUGAGUGAUCUGAUGAAACAGUCAAUUGACUUAGACGUUGUUAAUAGAAGAGAUGCUAAAUCAGGAACAAUUGGAUUAUUUUACCCGAUCAUUCACUUGAAUCGAUUGAACUUUAAAUACUCCAAGUUUGUCCCGGUCAUCGACGACUCGGCAAUGGUGACCCUAGAAUUCAAGAUCAGUGAUAGUUGGUCGAUCUUCAAGAUUUUCAUCAAACUAAAAGAUAUUUUUGAAGGGUUGAUUUCCUGGACCAGUAAUUAUAGAAAUGGAGUAAUACGGCCGAUCGUUGAUCUUUUCAAUAAGGGGCUAGUGGAUAUUCUCCAAAUAGUAUAUUUCUUUUUAUGA